AUGGCGGCCCCCGGGCCCCUGGUCGCGGCCGGUCCAGUCCCUGGCCGCAGGGGCCUCGGCUCCUCCUCCCCCCCGCCGCCUCCGCCGCCGGCCGCGCCGCCCCAUCAGCGCCGAAGAACCCGCCUCCAGGGGGCGCCCGAGGAGACCGUGCAGAGCAGGGUGACCCUGGAGAAGGUCCUCGGCAUCACGGCCCAGAACAGCAGCGGCUUGGACUGCGACCCCAACACAGGCCAGAUCGCCUACCUGGCCGGCUGCGUGGUGGUGAUUUUAAACCCCGAGAAGAACAAACAGAGGCACAUCCUGAACACAUCCAGGAAGACACUGAGCGCCGUCUCCUUCUCUCCAGACGGCAAGUUCAUCGUCACGGGGGAGAACGGGCACAGACCGGCCGUGCGCGUCUGGGACGUGGACGAGAAGGCGCAGGUGGUCCAGCUGCUGGGCCAUAAGUACGGCGUGGCCUGCGCGGCCUUCUCCCCCAGCAUGAGGCACAUCGUGUCCGUGGGCUCCCAGCACGACAUGGUGGUCAAUGUGUGGGACUGGAAGAAGAGCAGCGUGGUGGCCUCCAACAAGGUGUCGUGUAAGGUGGUGGCUGUCUCGUUCUCCGAGGACAGCAGCUACUUUGUCACCGUGGGGCACCGGCAUGUCAAAUUCUGGUUCCUGGAGGCCUCCAAGGAAGCCAAGGUGACAAGCACCGUGCCCCUGGUGGGGCGUUCGGGCAUCCUGGGCGAGCUGCACAACAACGUCUUCUGCGGGGUGGCCUGUGGCAGAGGGCAGCUGGCGGGCACCACCUUCUGCGUCGCCUGCUCGGGCCUCCUGUGCCAGUUCAACGAGAAGAGGAUGCUGGAGAGGUGGAUCGACCUCAAGGUCUCCCUGUCCUCCUGCCUGUGCGUAAGCGCCGACUCCAUCUUCUGCGGCUGCACGGACGGGACGGUGCGCAUCUUCCGGGCCCGCGACAUGCACUACCUGCUCAACCUGCCCAAGCCCCAUCACCUGGGCGUCGACGUGGCCCAGGGGCCGCAGCCCGGCAGGAAAGCGGAGUCAGUAUACCCGGACACGGUGGCCCUGGCCUUCGACCCCUGCCGCCGCUGGCUGUCCUGCGUGUACAAGGACCACAGCGUCUACGUGUGGGACAUCAGGGACCUGAAGAAAGCGGGCAAGGUGUGGUCCAACCUCUUCCACAGCUCCUACGUGUGGAAUGUGGAGGUGUACCCGGAGUUUGAAGACCAGCGGGCCUGCCUCCCGUCGGGCUCCUUUCUGACCUGCUCCUCGGAUAACACCAUCCGCUUCUGGAACAUGGACGGCGGCAGCAGAGCCGGCGACCGGAGGAACGUCUUCAGCCACGACUUGCUGAAGGUGGUGUAUGUGGAGAACGACAUCGAGCACCUGCAGGACGGGGCGCACCCCCCGGACCGCAGCGAGGCCGGCGGCUGCGUGGACGUCAAGGCGGGCGUGCGGGUCAUGCAGGUCAGCCCCGACGGCCAGCACCUGGCCUCGGGCGACCGUAGCGGGAACCUCAGAAUCCACGAACUCAAGUUCAUGGGCGAGCUGAUCAAGGUGGAAGCCCACGACGCCGAAGUGCUGUGCUUAGAGUAUUCCAAGCCCGACACCGGGGUCACCCUGCUGGCUUCGGCCAGUCGAGAUCGGCUCAUCCACGUGCUGAACGUGGAGAAGAACUACAACUUGGAGCAGACCCUGGAUGACCACUCCUCCUCCAUCACCGCGGUGAAGUUUGCCGGGAACCGGGACCUCCAGAUGAUCAGCUGCGGCGCCGACAAAAGCAUUUACUUCCGCAGAGCUCAGCAGGUCUCGGACAGCCUGCACUUCGUCCGCACUCACCACGUGGCCGAGAAGACCACCCUGUACGACAUGGACAUCGACAUCACGCAGAAGUACGUGGCUGUCGCCUGCCAGGACCGGAACGUCAGGGUCUACAACACGGCCAGUGGGAAGCAGAAGAAAUGCUACAAGGGCUCGCAGGGGGACGAUGGCUCCUUGCUGAAGGUCCAGGUGGACCCAUCGGGCACCUUUCUGGCCACCAGCUGCUCCGACAAGAGCAUCUCAGUGAUCGACUUCUACUCGGGCGACUGCAUCGCCAAAAUGUUCGGCCACUCGGAGAUCAUCACGGGGAUGAAGUUCACGUACGACUGCCGCCACCUGAUCACCGUCUCCGGGGACAGUUGCGUGUUCAUCUGGCACCUGGGCCCGGAGCUCACGUCCUGCAUGAAGCAGCACCUGCUGGAAAUGGACCCCGGCGAGCAGCGGCAGGCGACGGAGGUCACCGAGUGGGCUGAACCCAGCAGGCCGGAGACCUACUUAUCCGUGCCCUGCCGGACUCUGUCUCCGCCCGAGCAGACGGAAGAUGAGAUGGAGGAGGACGACGACGACGACGAGGAGGAGCCGUCGCUGCAGACGCCGGCCAAGGACAGCUUCGAUUCCGACCCCCGCUGCCUGCUGACCAACGGCAGGCUGCCCCUGUGGGCCAAGAGGCUGCUCGGGGCCGAGGAGGCCGCCGACGGUGCAGCCCCGCACCCCAAGAAGAGCUACCAGCCGCAGGGACGCUGGGCGGAGCGGGCGGACAGAGACCCCAUCAAGACCAUCCUGGGCCCGCAGACCCUGGACUACUGUUUUACCCCCCUGCGGCCCAGGGCCAUGGACGACUUGGACACGAUACGGCCCCGGACCCUGGGCCGCCUGCUCUCCGAGGCCGGCAGCGGGGACCCGGCCAGCCCACCGGAGGACCCGGCCCCGCCGCCCACGUUGGACCGGGCUGCCUCCCUCCAGGUGCUCACGGCGAGCGGCAGCGCCCACUUGGACCCCGGGGAGAUGUCGGGCGACACCGACAGCACGUAUUGCGUGAAGGACGCGGAGGGCCCGACCUCGGGGCGGCCGGCCGACAGCUACUCGCUCACCUCCGGGGACUCAGACACUUACGCCCUGGAGCGUCCGCUCGAGGAUGGCGACUCGCUGGGGUCGGAGGACACGGAAGCGGAAGUCGGGGACUCGGACGAGGGCCACGGAGCGGCUCCGACGUCCCCUCCGGCGUCGCCGCCGGAGCCGGGAGCGGCCGUCGGGCGGCUGUUUGGGGCGUUGGCCGGCGGGAGUGAGGAGGUGGACGAUGAGGAGGAGGAGGAGGAGCCGGCUGAGAUGGACAGAGCCGUGCCGCCCAGCAGUUCCCUGCCCCAGACGCCCGAGCACGAGAAGUUCCUCAGACAUCACUUCGAGACCCUCACUGACGGCCACCCCGAAGAGGCGUUCGGCAACUCCCUGAAGGACCUGAAGCCCCCGGAGGAUGAGGAGAACUUCUUCCUGAACCCCCGGCUGAGCAUAUCGGCCCGAUUCCUCUCCCGCUGCCAGAGGAAUCCCAGGUUUGCCCACGCCUUCCCGCCCAGGGGGCUCCAGGAGGCCAAGACGGACGCCGCGGCCCCAGAGCGUCUCGAGGCUCCCAGAGCAGACAGAGUCCAAGGCGAGAAGACGGUGGAGAGUGAGAAGAGCGUGGAGUGCGCUUCUUGGAGCCAGCCGGUGGCAUGCCACCCCGCCUCGUCGGUCCCGGGGCUCCCCGACGAGAGGAAGGCGAGGCCGCCCCUGCGCCCUUGGGCCCGGCCGGGCCGCCCCGCCCGGGGCCCGACCUACAUGGAGGCCACGGCCAGCUCCCGGGCCAAGAUGUCCCGCAGCCUCUCCAUCUCCCUGGGUGACAGCCUGGAGCCCCCGAGGCCCGGCCCGCUGGCCCGGCCGCAGUCCACCGGCGAGCUGGCCGAGCCGGGCCGGGCCCGGGACGGGUGGCAGGAGGGAGACCGGGCGCUCCCCGCCCGGGGCAACCACGAGGCGAGAGCCAACUUGACGCUGGACCUGCCCAGCUUCGCCUCCCGCCUCCUGGGGCCGCCCCCUCCGGAGCCCACGGGGGCCGGGGGGUGCGCCCGCUCCCCGGGGGGCCCCGUCCCCCCGCCAGCCAACGGGACUCCGACCGAGAUGAGAUCGCCGGCGGGGCUCCGGCGCCCCGGCGGCCUCCGACGCCCGUCGGACCCGGAGCCCCCCGCCGAGGCGGGAGCCCCGGCUGACCCGUCACGCUGUGGGAAUGGCUUUGGGGAGCCGGGGGCCGGCCCCGGGGCCCCCCGCUCGCCCCCCGCUCCCGAGGAGGACCCCAGGACCCGGCAGACGGACCCCGCGCCCAGUGAGUAG